GACUUCCUGUCCCACCCACAUUUUCGUGUCGCUUCCGGGUGGCCACACAAGACUCAUCCAGCGAGCCGACGUUAUCUUUUCGCUGUAAACAAAAGUUACUAAACGGUUUACUUUCCACAACACAUUGAACAAAAAGACAUGCAUAUCAAAACAGGUACAUGGGAAGUCAGCAACACUGUAUGUGAGUCAGAUACCCUGUGCGACCCAGCAGUCCUUGUUUCAGCUACCAACUCAGAUCCACACAUUCGCAACCGGCGCUUGUCUCCUGGCUCAGGCAACUGUGGUGGAGGCGGGGGUGGAGGCUGCAUCUCAGGUGGCGACCAACAGCCCCGACGACUUUCACCCGAAGGCGACCUGAUCGGACACACGCACACCUUCAGCUUCCGCAGGGAAAAAGAACGCAAGGGCCAGCAGCACAAAGGCCGCAGCCUCCGCAGGGAAAGUCAAAAGGGGGUCGGCCGGGUUAGCGAGCGGCCUCAAAAGAUUGUCCAAAAGGACAGGUGGGUGGAGGACAGUCUGUCACUGCUCAAGCCCCCACCUGCCUUCCCAGUGCAGGACAGCCCCGCCAAGCUGCAGCCUGCCGUCAGCUACGCCUCCAAAGUGAAGGCAGCUAAGGGAACAGCAAGUGGAGCGCUGGAGGAGGACCGCCCCGCCAUCGGCGUGCUGCUACAGAACCAGUGGGGCCUCAGCUUCAUCAGCGAGGCGAGGCCGGUCACAGAGGGCGCCAGCACUCGCCACAUUGCCAACGCCCUCCCUCCUCAGCCCACAGACGCCGAGCAGUCAGACCUACAGCUCGAGACAGUUCUCACAGUCCAGCCUCCUGAAGAAACGCCUAUUCCUGUCACUACCUUCGUCACAUGCCCAGAGACUGACGAGAGCAACGGGAAGCUGCUGCUUAGUUGCCGCCAUCUAGUGGAGGCUUUAAACUACCACAGUAGAGAAUGGAACGGGAUAUGUAACAAACAGAAAAAAGUUCCAAAAAAGGUUGUCUGGUACAAGGACACCCAGGAGCACCCAGCCUAGCAGUGUGAGAAAACCCAAAGCAUAUAUAAACCCAGACACAACACACACCUACAUGCACAUUGAAACACGUAAAUGUGGACAAAUUUUUGAGUCCUGUUCACACACUUGCUGCACUCAGGAUGAUGUCUUCACGCAAAGCCACACUGAGACACUUUGGACUAACUCCCUUGAGAUCUUACAGCAAUGGACUUUUUUAACGCCUUACAGAAAGCCUGCCUUAAUUAAUCAGACCUGUUUUCAUGCCAUUUUUAGCUUGUAUGUUUAGAGCUGGUCUUUUUUUCUUUUAAACAAUCUCUGAGGAGCUGUAAUUUAAUUUUCCCCCUCAAGCUGCAGUUGUAUCAAACUUUGUGUCCUCUGUAAAGCGAGUGGUCAAUCAAGCACUUUGUUAAAAAAUCCUUUGUGACCAAUCCCUGUGUGCAAGAAACCCUCACCAGAGCGAAUUUUUUGUUUUUUCCCUCCCCCUUCUCAAUUUACAAACAGAAUCUCUGUCUUGUACCUGCUUGAGUUUUAUUGUUAAUGUAUGCAGAGGACUUGUGUAUCAGUGUCUUCAGUUUACAGAGGGGUGUAGUCAAAGGCACAGUAGAGUUCACCCUUUAUCCCUGUCAGAUCUUAAUGCUGUGUUCCUUUUUGUUGUUUUUAUUUGGUUCCCUAAUCUGAUGAAUGCUACUCAUGAAUCCAUAAGGGAUCUCACCAUGUUCAGUAUGUUUUUUUGAAAAGAUUUAUUGAAUUUAAAAAAAAAAAUACACUGGAGAAAGGAGGAAUGUAAGUGAACAGUAUUGCUUAAUAAAAAUGAAUAAACUUGA